AGAAACGGUCACACCCACCUGCUGCUGCUAGAUUGACCAAUGAACACAACAAUAUCACACAGCAUGGGCUUCAGUGUUCUGAGAGCCACACCUCUCUGUUCUUCCGACACCACUAAACCCAUCUUCUUCUCCAUUCUCCAUUCUCAUCCCACUUCCACCACCUCCCUCUUCACCUUUCCUCCGCCAUCCACCAUCAUUCCAACUCCACUUGCUGCUUCACCCGGCCUUCAUCAUCACCACCUGAAGCGUGGCGGUUUCCGCGGCGGUAGGUUCGUGGCCAUGGCUGCACCCGGCUCCCUCCGGAAAUCAGAGGAAGAAUGGCAUGCCAUCCUCUCCCCCGAGCAGUUUCGGAUUCUCAGGCAAAAAGGCACCGAGUUUGCAGGGACUGGAGAAUAUGACAAGUUCUUUGGUGAGGGAGUUUACCACUGUGCAGGUUGUGGGACUCCUCUAUACAGGUCAACAACAAAAUUCAAUUCUGGUUGUGGCUGGCCAGCGUUCUAUCAGGGUCUUCCCGGAGCCAUAAGUCGCCAUCCGGACCCUGAUGGAAUGAGGACCGAAAUAACGUGUAGUGCAUGUGGUGGACAUCUUGGGCAUGUAUUCAAAGGUGAAGGAUUUCCAACACCUACUAAUGAACGCCAUUGUGUCAAUAGCAUCUCACUCAAGUUUGCACCCGCCAACACCAGCUAAUCCAAUCUAUGCAUAUAUGGCUUCUUAAGAACUAAGAUAUAAGAUAGUAAAUAAUUCUCUGUAUUGUUGCCUGAACAAUUAUGUUGUAAUUAUGUUUCCCAAAGUUCAUAUGUACUUGAUCUUCUUUCCUUGGUGUACUUGACAGGGGGAAGCUUUGAGGCUACUGCAAUUUAUAUAUGUAAAAGAAUGAUUAGAUAUAUUUAGAGCUUGAA